CUCGUGGUCUAGGGGUAUGAUUCUCGCUUUGGGUGCGAGAGGUCCCGGGUUCAAAUCCCGGCGAGGCCCCAGCUUUGUUUUUUUGGGCUCGCACUCGCAGGUGACUCACUCACGACCCGAAGCAACACCGCACACCUGACACCUCACCCACACCACCCACAGACACACGACACACACCACAAGCGCGACGAUGGCAGCUCGCUGGUUCUUUGUGCUGCCGGAGGCAGGCAGCAAGGCAUGGCACCUUGAUGCGGGGAGCAGCGACAAGCAGCAAGACACGCAGACGACAACAACGACGACAAAGAAGACGAAGAAGGGCGAGGAUGCUUCUGUGAGCAAGAGCAAGAAGAAGAAGGCCAAGGGCCAGAGGAAGGACUUGUUGAGCGAGAAGGACCAGAUUGACAAUGCGCGGCCGCUGUGCCAGCAUGACAGCCAAGCUCUGGAGAAGGCCUGGCAGCAAAUGAAGCACCGCCUCACGCACGUCGCUCGCAAGUACACAGCCGGCACCGCAGCGGAGGACUCGGGCCAUGUCUAUGAUGGGAGUGGCAGUGACGGAGGCGGCGACAGUGACCUGGGAGACGCUGCGGCGGACACUGCUGACGCCGUUUCUGUGGACAAGGGCGCAGAGGAGAUGAAGCGAGACCGUGACCUGGACGCGACCAUGCUCAUGGCGGAGCGCAUGCGCAACGCCACCAGCACGGUUCCUGCACCAGUUGCUGGCCGUGCCGGUGAAGAGGACACAACAGACGAGCAAGGAGAGCAUGUGGAACAAGCGCCGGACGAAACAGAGGAGCCCGAGGGCGAGCACAAGUCCCCGCGCUACGUGUUCAUCUUUGGUGGUGCUUACCGCGUUGACGUUCUACAACUCAAGGCCGUCCCAUAUCUGUGGAAGGGGCGGCCGCUGCAAGUGUUUCGAGCAACGUGGUUCAAGCAGUCCGGGCGGCACAUGUUGCCCAUCGGCGACAAGCUUGCACGCUACCUUGAACUGCACCACCACAUUGCCCGGCGUCGCAUGCAGUCCGCAAAGCCGAAUGUCGAGCACGCAGCCAAGCGCGUGGAGAUUUAUCGCGUCACACAGGAAUCAACAGCGUACACGUGGCAUAGCGAUGGCACCAUCUUCUCCACGCCGAGCUUCGUUUCCUUCCUUAAAUCACAGCAGCUCUUCCACGGUUAUGACACGGUGGGCACGCAUCGCCAGGGCGAGGAGAGCAGCGUGGAUGAAGUGGUGGAGCCAAAUUGCCACUGUGGCGAGACGACCCAUCUCGUCUUUGUUGUCCACGGAAUCGGCCAGAAUUUUGACGAGAGCAUUGAAAAGCACGCGCUGUCCUUUGAUCGGCAGAUGCGAAAGAUUGCGCGCAAGGGCGUCUUUGGGCGCUCUUACAGGAUUGGGGCCAAACGCGUACAGUUUAUUCCGAUUCAAUGGCGAAAUACGCUCGCCCUCAACACGGACACCAUCCGCGCCAUCACGCCCGAGGCGUUCUUGAAGUUGCGGUUUUCGGUGUCGAAUCUGUUCCUGCUCGGCUCUCCCGUCGCCAUCUUCCUCGCUAUGCGCGGGGCACAGGCUGCAGGCAACACGUGCGUUGCGCUGAUGGUUGAAUGCGGUCGAACGUGA